UAUGAUGAAGCUUUUGCUAUGGCUAAUGACCCCUUGGAAGGCUUCCAUGAAGUAAACCUUGCUUCACCUACUUCUCCAGACCUUCUUGGUGUAUAUGAAUCAGGAACUCACGAGCAGACUACCUCACCAAGUGUCAUCUACCGGCCACAUCCUUCAACUUUAUGCUCUGCCCCUAUCCAGGCUAAUGCAUUAGAUGUUUCUGACCUUCCUACUCAACCUGUGUAUUCAUCCCCCAGACGUUUAAAUUGUGCAGAAAUAUCCAGUAUCAGCAUCCACAUUACAAAUUCAGCAGCACCUUGUACUACCUCUGUAGUUACAGCUGGACUAACUAAAUUAACUACAACAAAGGACAGCUACAAUGCAGAGAGGGAGUUUUUACAGGGGGCUACUUUAACAGAGGCUUGUGAGGGCAGCGAUGAUAUUUUUGGACUGAGUACUGAUAGUCUGUCCCGGUUACGAAGCCCAUCUGUUUUGGAAGUCAGAGAAAAGGGAUAUGAAAGAUUGAAAGAAGAACUCGCAAAAGCUCAGAGGGAACUGAAAUUAAAAGAUGAAGAAUGUGAAAGACUGUCUAAAGUACGAGAUCAGCUUGGACAGGAAUUGGAAGAACUCACAGCUAGUCUGUUUGAGGAAGCUCAUAAGAUGGUACGAGAGGCUAAUGUCAAGCAGGCAACAGCAGAAAAACAGCUAAAGGAAGCACAAGGAAAAAUUGAUGUCCUUCAAGCCGAAGUAGCUGCAUUAAAGACACUUGUGUUAUCCAGUUCUCCAACAUCACCCACACAAGAGCCUCUGCCAGGUGGAAAGAUCCCUUUUAAAAAGGGGCAUUCAAGGAAUAAAAGUACAAGCAGUGCUAUGAGUGGCAGUCAUCAGGACUUCAGUGUGAUACAGCCAAUUGUAAAAGACUGCAAAGAGGUAACUCACCAUGGCCUCCCUCUUCUGCCUCUAUUGAUAUUCAUGAACAAUGUUGGCAGGGUCACUGUCUGCAAACUCCGGGAAAGGCAUAUUGAUGAACUCCACCUUCUCUUCUUCAAAAUUCUUGAUGUUUUCAUCAGUGGUUUGUUGGCUUCAGCUGUUCUGGAAGCUGUGGAAAACAACACUCUCAGCAUUGAACCGGUGGGAUUACAGCCUAUCCGAUUUGUGAAAGCUUCUGCACUUGAAUGUGGAGGACCAAAAAAAUGUGCUCUGACUGGCCAGAGUAAAUCUUGUAAACACAGAAUUAAAUUGGGAGACUCGAGCAAUUAUUAUUACAUUUCUCCUUUUUGCAGAUACAGAAUCACAUCUGUAUGUAACUUUUUUACAUACAUUCGUUAUAUUCAGCAGGGACUUGUGAAACAGCAGGAUGUUGAUCAGAUGUUUUGGGAAGUUAUGCAUUUAAGAAAAGAGAUGUCAUUGGCAAAACUGGGAUAUUUCAAAGAAGAACUUUGA